AUGCAGCACACCACGUGCACAGAAGACAGGAUCUAUCAUGCACUGGAAAGAUGUCUACAUGGGCUUAGCAGAGAUGCUGUCUCCAGCAGAUGGGCUGCUGGGCUGUGUCUGAACUGCUGGAGCCUUCAGGAGCUGGUCAGCCGAGAUGCGGGAAACUACCUCAUCCUCAUGGAGAAAAUCCUCAGCAAAGCUGAAGAGGUCCAGGAGAAGUGUGACUAUGAUCUUGUAACUCCACUGGCACUGCUUUUCUACUAUGCGGUCCUGUAUGCUCCUCACUUUCCUCCAGGAUCCGACUUGCUCCUGAAGGCUGCCAGCAUCUACCAUAACUUCCUCACCUGGCCUGUGCCCUACUGUGACAUCUUCCGGGAGUUGCUCACCUUUAUCAGUGAUGAGCUCAAGGCCCCAGGGAUUUCAUUCCAGAGGCUGGUGAGGGCAGAGCAGGGGCUGCCCGUGAAGAGCUACCAGAGCUCCACUGUCACCGUGCUGCUGCUCAACCGCUCCGAGGUGCAGAGCGAGUUCCUUUCCAUCGCGGAGAAGCUGAGCACCCCCGGGCUGCCACGGCGUGCCACACUCCUCAUACUGCUGGAGCACCUCUACCAGGCCAACUUCGGCACCCGCUGCGACCUGGACAGCCUCCGCCACCUCCUGAAGUCCAAAUCACUAGAAGAGCUCUCGGAGAUCUACGCCAGCACCGUAGAGGCCCAGGAGACAGCAGCUGCCAGCAGUGAUUCGGCCUUGGCACGAGAACAAUUGCAGUCUGCUCUGCAAGACAUCGCUGGAGCUGCAGCCUUCUCUGCAGUCGUGGGUGAGGCCCAGGCCCACAAGCUCCACACCAUCCCCAUCCCCCCGGCUCGCUGUUACACUUACAGCUGGGAUCAGGAUAACUUUGAUGUCCUCAAUGAUGUCCUCAGCAAAGAAUUCCGCGUUGUUGAGCCCAUGGUCUCGGAGAAUGAGGAGGAGGAAGAGGAGGAAGUGGAAAUUGAUGGCUGUUCUCCAGAAAGAGACUCACUGCUUUCCCCCAUCUCUGCCAUUUCCAAAGAUUCUGUGUACUCAGCGUUAUCAGAGGAAGGAUCUAAGCACUCGCGAGUGUCUCUCUUCACUGCUUCCAAGGACUCCAUCUCAGAGCUGACGAUGGUCUCCAGAAAAUCCUUGAAGUCUUUUGUCUCCAGCCUCAGGGACUGCAUGGACAGUGGCUAUGCAGAAGACAGUGAUGAGAACUCUCUGGACAUGGUAGGAAGGCCAGAGCUCAAGGUGGAGAAGACCCACCACAAAUACAGGCACACACUGACCAACAAGAUCUACAAACUGUUCAAGAGCAAAAGCCAACUGGUCUUGAGGAGAGACCUGAAGGACUGCUCAGACAUGGGCUCACUCUCGCUGCCCCUGCGCCGGGCUGAGAGCCUGUGUAACCCCGAAGCCAAGCAUCGCACUCUCACCCGUUCACGGCGAGCUCAUUCACUGCCCCAGCAUGUCCUAAGUCAGCGGCUCCCAGCACAGUAUGUGCCACAGCACGUGAGACUCCCCCGCAGGCCCUUCCUCAGCUAUGACGAGGAUGCCAAGGUGUCCACGAUGCGUGUUGUGGUCUUCGGCUCUGACCGUAUCUCAGGGAAAGUGGCCCGGGCCUACAGCAACCUCAGACUAAAAGAAAGCACCUGCCCCUCACUGACAAGGUACUUCAAGCUGCAGUUUUACUACAUCCCCGUGAAGAGGAGCUGCCUCUCUCCGUCAGCCCCGCUGAUGCAUCCUCCCCCAUCCCCAGGGGACUCACAACUCCGAGGCUCAGCACAGACGGAGCCUACGCUGGCCAAGUUGGAGACGAGCACCAAUGACAUCUCCCACUACAUUGGGAUGUUGGACCCAUGGUACGAGCGUAACGUUCUUGGGCUGAUGAACCUGCCCAUGGAUGUCCUCUGUCAGUCUGCCAAACCAGAGGCUGAGCCCCAGGAGGACUCGAGGGAGCAGCUGCCCAUCCUGGCUGACAUGAUUCUCUACUACUGCCGGUUUGCCACACGCCCCGUGCUGCUGCAGCUCUACCAGACGGAGCUGACCUUCAUAGGGGGGGAAAAGAUGACUGAAGUCUUCAUCCACUCACUUGAGCUGGGCCACUCGGCUGCUACGCGGGCCAUAAAGGCAUCAGGUCCAGGCAGCAAAAGGCUGGGUAUAGAUGGAGACAGAGAAGCAAUCCCACUAACACUACAAAUCGCCUACAGCAAGACAGCCAUCAGUGGAAGAAGUCACUGGAAUGAUGUUGAGAAGGUCUGCACAUCUGUCAACCUCAGCAAAGCCUGCAAGAAGUAUGAAGAACUAGCCUCAAAAACAGAGUGUCUCAACUUAACCAUGACUGAGGUGGUCAAAAGGCAAAACUCCAAAUCCAAGAAAAGUUUCAAUCAGCAGAUCAGUGUGUCCCAGAUAAAAGUAGACAAGGUCCAGAUUAUUGGUGUCCAGUCCUCCUUUGCCGUAUGCUUGGACCAGGAUGAGCAGAAGAUCCUGCAGAGUGUAACCAGGUGUGAGAUCUCUGUGUGCUACAAACCAAGGGACAAUGAUCCCCUUGCACUGAGAAUGCCCUCUUUGCCUCCUCAGGAACCAUCUGAGUUUCAUUCUCUUCUGUGCUUACCCAUCGCUACCUUCAGUGGAGCACUGCCAUAGAAGGACAGCCAGACCCGUGCCCUCUCAGACCAUACUUACAUCCAACAUACCAAAAUAGCCACAAGAAGAGCAAUU